CGCCUUGAAAGCAUGCCUCAUGUCUGCCCCCCCUAUUUUGGAAUCACCGGUCUAUGGAGGUGGAAGCCGUCUGAUCAGACUAAGCCACUUUUGACUGCCUGAAAGCCAGCAGGGCACAGGCCCCGCAGCUGCCUCAGGUUGUGUUACGAACGACAUUCCUUCGACAUUGACCGGCGAACGCAUCUCACAGCAUCGAUGCGCGCGCGACGCAAGCGCAAGAUGCGACAGAUGGCUGAUCUUCCCCCUCAGCUGAAGGUGCACGGAUGACGUGGCGCUUUCUGGCCCCCAUGCUAUGCAUGCUCCGCCUCCAUGCAGAGCCGCAGGCGCUUGAAAAGUCGUUCCACCCGCGAACGGCUCGCCCCAGCCCUCCCGGUUCCAAACUUCCAAUCCUGCUCGUGAACGUGUCUGAAUUGAUGUGGCGAUACAUUUGCUAAGACUUUCGACUUUGUUGUACAGCUGCUCAGAUGGCUGCAGAGAUCACCGAAGUCCCGAUGGGGAAUUUGAACGGAGCCUCACCAAAUGGCAGAUCGUCAGCUCAGACGACAGUGGGGCACGGAACGCCGAGACAACUCGCAACUCCGGAAGCGGAAGACGAGGAAAAGCUCAUUGGAUCAUGGUUGUGCACACCAGGGAGGUAUCAGGAGUACAUUGCAGCCCUCAGCGAUUGCUAUCCAGGUCUGAGGACUGCGGACCCGAAUAACUUGGCUGGAGACGGAGGUGCCCCACUCAUGACUGCUGGCAACGCUCAUGUUGUCAUGUUAGAUGCAUCUGCAACCGGUUCGCCUAAGUUUACAAGAACUGAAUUUAGAGAUGCCACGCACCUAAAGACACAUCUGAAAGAUUCGGUGCGAGAUCAUGAUCGUCGACGCAUAUAUAUCAUGGAGGGUCUGGCGACUGAUUUUGUCGCAGCAAUUGGAGGUCAUUUCUGGAUGGAUCCCACUUUCUGGUUGCGCCAGGAGAGAACUUGCGUUUGGAGUAAUGAUUUCACACCCGUCAGCGAUGCCUUGCCUCAACCAAGCUUGAUCGACCCCGAGAAAAGCUUCCACGUGCAGUACUGUGAAUUGCGGGAGUUCACAAAAGCGUUAGAAACUGUACCAUGUUUCUGUGCUAGAACAAAACGUCACGUAGGCAUGACUGCACCACGUCAUGCUAACAUUAAGAAAGACUUCAAAAACAAGUCUGCAGGCUCAGAUAAUAGCAAGGUCAAAAGCAAGACAAACGCGAAGAGCGAAGGGAGAGGCAAUACCACCACUGCCAUCGUGAGGCGCAAGGUUAGUUGGUGGUCCGAGAAGACUGCUACGAGAGGGGGCUGGGACGUUGUCAUUCUUUGCGACCCGCAGCUCGCACAGAUGACCAGGUACCCAAGAGAAAAGGUAUACAACAAGAGGACUGAGACGUAUGACCUUCGCGAAAUCGCAGAUCCUGACGUCAACCUCCUCAAUGAGCCUUUCCAGGGCGGCUAUACAGAGUUCGUCCCACCAACACGACUCAAGCCUGGUCAGCUACCAAGUGGACCCAGGCAUCCGCACAAGUCGAUGCUCUACGACCUUGUUUACUACUAUGAAUCGAAGUCCGGGCUUCUUGAGGAGCACGAGUGGAAUGACCCAAGCGAAUCCGCGAUUUUUCUGAAGAAGAUUGUGGCUGCACACUAUCUUCAGUUGGCCGAUUACAUUAAAGUCAUGUUGCCGUCUUUGGAGCUAAAACUGGCGACAGCGUGGGUGGAAGAGCAAGAACAGUGGAAAGCCCUUCAAACAAUCUCACGUCGUUGUGGUAACUACCGAGACGACAUUGAGGAUGCUCUCCUAAGUCUGGGCUUUCCACUCGUAUCACCAGCGCAGAAGGCGAUCAAGGGUGCCCGCAAAAAGAUUUAUGACUGGAAAGACUGUGAAAUCGACUACCAGUAUGCAUACCUCCGCCUACAAGUCCUCAAAGAGCGAGCAGACAAUCUCAUGACAUCCAUGACUGGUUUCGCCAGCAUCGCGGGCAAUCGCCAAAGUCUCGAUGAAGCCAAGCGUGUCAAGCGCCUUAACCUGCUUGCGCUCUUGUUCAUUCCGCUAGCCUACACGAGCAGUUUGUUUAGCAUGCAGGACAACUACGCCCCUAACAAGCCCCAAUUUUGGGUCUAUUGGGUCUGUGCGAUCGGAGUUGUGAUAUUCACCACCGUUGUGACUUGGGUUCUUGACCGCUCGCUGAACGACGAAGCUCAGUUCACAUUGGAUUCUUUCUUGGAGGUGCUUGGCUGGAGCAACAAAGGUGCGUCAACGAAGAUGAAGAGGACGAAGACGGCGUUUUGGCCAAAAGCAUGAUACGAGAGACAUUACGUUCACGAAGUUACGGCAGCAUGAGCAUUCCUUUUGCAUCAUAGGGGGUUUCGGCAUCACAAAUAGUGGCGUUAUUUCCAGCUCUGUAUUGGACUCCUAAACCAGAAAUUGUUCUUCAUGUUCUCAUGUAAUGUAUGUGAUAUAAUCUCCAUGCUUCAAGAACACUCCAUUGCCCAAUAGGAAAGCCCCCACGAUGUCGUUUCUACUGAGGUCUCCACUCAUCUUAAUGCAGUUAGCAUAGA